ACACCUCAAAGUAAUCUCCACUCUUUUGUACUUGUACCCCACAUAUGAUACACUUACGAUAUAUGCUCACUAAAUUAAGCGUAAAAAAAAAUGUCGGACAUGCAGGAUACGCUGAUGAUUGGAACAGAGGGAAUCAAGAAAACCAUCCUGCACGGAGGGACCGGAGAAAUCCCAAAAUUCAUCACUGGGGCGAAGGUGUCGUUCCAUUUCCGCACCCAGCUGUGUGAUGAUGAGCGCACGGUGAUAGAUGACAGCAAGAGGGUGGGGACGCCCAUGGAAAUAGUGGUCGGCAACAUGUUUAAACUGGACAUCUGGGAGACUUUGUUGGCAUCCAUGAGGAUUGGUGAGGUGGCAGAGUUCUGGUGUGACACAAUUCACACCGGGGCCUACCCACUUGUGUCCAAAGGUAUGCGGCGCAUUGCAGAGGGCAAAGACCCGGUGGACUGGCAGCUCCACACGUGUGGUAUGGCCAACAUGUUUGCAUACCACACCCUUGGCUACGACGACCUGGAUGAGCUGAUGAAGGAACCGAAGCCUCUCUACUUUGUCAUGGAGCUGCUUAGGGUGCACCAGCCCAGUGAGUACAACAGGGAGACGUGGGCUAUGAGUGAUGAAGAGAGGCUGAAGGUGGUUCCAGUGCUGCACGGACAGGGAAACAAACUCUACAAACAGGGACGCUACGAAGACGCCACUCAGAAAUACAAGGAGGCCAUCAUCUGCAUCAAGAACGUUCAGACCAAGGAGAAAGCGUGGGAAGUCCCCUGGAUGAAGUUGGAAAAAAUGGCAAACACUUUAACACUUAAUUGCUGCCAGUGUCUACUCCGCAUGGAAGAGUACUACGAGGUCAUCGAGCACACCACAGACAUUAUCAACCAGCACCCAGGGACAGUUAAAGCCUUUUUCCUGAGAGCGAAGGCCCACGGGGAGGUGUGGAACGAGGCAGAGGCUCGGCAAGAUUUCAGCAGGGUGCUGGACCUGGAUCCUGGCAUGAAGAAGGUGGUGAAGAAGGAACUGGCAGUGCUUAGCAUGCGAAUGGAGGAGAAGAACCAGGAAGACAAGACCAAGUAUAAAGGCAUGUUUUGAACCCUGGAGACAGAAGAGAGUCCCACAACACAGGAGCAAAAGUAUAGUUACCUUCAUAACUUACCUUCAUACCUUCAUACCUUCACCAGCUCUCAGCCGUGCAUGGAUCCUCUAAAACAGCGUGAAAUAAUCUGACUUAAUAAAUCAAAAAGCUCAUACAAACACCCCCCUGUUUCUGUGCAUCUCCUCUCAAUCCAAAUUGUUUGGAAGCCAUUUUCUGUUUUACUAACGCCGGCAUCUGUUUUGUAAACUAUGUUUAUUGAAUAAAUAUCUGUUUUUGCACCACCUUGAAAAAUGGAAGGAAUAAAGCAGUC